AUUGCUAUGCCUCUGAUUCCAUCUUUAAGUAUUGCUCAGCUAUAUAUAGCCAUCAAAAUACCAAACAAAAUCAACAUUUCCUAAAGAAUAAACCCAAGCUCUUUCAUCUUUAGCUAUUCAUCUUGCUAUCUUACGUUCAACUUUACUUUUAUGGCUUCUGACAUUAUUUUUCUCAAAGCCGAGAAGCUCCGAAUACUUGCAGAACGCAUCCAUGGAAUUGAACGUAAAAACUUAGGGGACAUCCAAUUCAGGUCAACAACGGAGCAGGUGGUUUACCUUAGAAUCUCUAACUCCAAUCUUCAAUCCGUUGGGAGCCUUCUAGAUCAGAGUGGUGAAACAGUGAAGAAGUAUAAGAACGACACCGUUCGAGGUCCCAUUGCUGCUCUCCUAUUUACUUAUACAGAGACAUGCCUCAACAAUGCUCUGCAGAUCUUCAACAACUACACUCUCCGACGGGACUACCUCGACAAAAUCACCUCCCAUCUCCAAAACCUUACCAAACAAUUGGAUGAUUUGGACACUUCCAAUUCCGCCGAUGUUGCUUCUCUCACCGACCAAAUUGUGCAUUACAAUGAGGCUGUUAUCAACUACACCAAGAUGAGUGCAAAUUCUCGUGCUUCUGAAGAAUUCUCUAGGCGUCUCAGGAACAGCGGCAUUGACUUCCUCACCUUUGUCAAAAGAUAUCAAGCGAAUCUUGGAUUUUCUGGACCAUUUGAUAAGUUGACAGAUGAACAAAAGCUAUUGGUGUAUGAUGCAAUAAUAGAGGCUUCAGGUAGGGGAAAAGUACUGCAUAAGAAAGUGCUAAAGGCUAUUGCUUUGCCAGAAAGUUUCAGUGGCGAUGAAGAGAAAGAUAUAUCCAUUAUGGAUGUUGCUGGCAAAGCAAUGCUCCUGAAAAAUGCAGCAUCCAUAACAUGGGAUGUAUAUACAUCUGACCACCCAAUCAGAACCGCGACACGUAUUGCCAUUGUGGAAAUAGCUGAAAAAGGAGGGGCAUUGCUGGAAGACAUUGUCACAGCUGCGAUGGUAACAUUAGAAGUAGCAGAGGCAACAUCUCUGUUCGUUACAGGGGUUGGAUUUGUGGCUGGCUUUGUUGGGAGUUAUAUUGUUGGGCAAAUUGCUGGAUCUGUUUUCGAUGCAAUUUUCGGCUCCGCAGGGAAUGAUCCUCUGCCUAAUAAAGACCAUAUCUUCUAUGUAGCUGCUAUGCCUGAUGGCAAAGAAUUGGCAAGAAUAGUCGCCUGAAUUUCUACAUCAAACAAAUAAUCUAAAAAAGUGCUCUCUUGAGUCUCUAGCUACUGGACCAUCCUUUAUCUUAAAAAAAUGGAUAACUGGCACGUCUUGUGAUAAAAUAUCUGUAUGGAGAAUGUUUGUACCUGCCUUAUUUGCUACCUUUUGUCUUUGUUCUGCUUAUUUUGCUUCUAGUUUGAAUAUGUAUCAAUAAAAUAAUGUGUUUGAGUAAA